UCCUCCAAAACCCCUCCCCUUGUUCUCUCUUUAAACCAGAAGCACAGUUGCUGAAAAUACUCCCAAAAACAACCCCUCUACCCGAGAAAUUCUCUCUCCCUAACACAAGCAGCACACUUCUGGAGACUUCACACACACUCUCUCUCUCUCUCUCUCUCUCUCUCUCCAUACAUCUAUACAGAUUCUACGGAACGACUAAAGAAUCUUCCCAAGGUGGAGGAAAAACAGAGAGAUGCCAGAAAUCGAUGGGUCCUCCCAGCCCCAAAUCACAGAAAUGUUCAGCAAAUUCGCCCUCGCAUUCAAGACCAAAACCUUCGAAUUCUUCGCCGAAGACGACGACGCUCCCACCACCACCCCCGCCACCCCCUUACACCCCUCCGCCGCCGACAUGGACCCCGAAAACUACACACUCCUCCUCCUAGACGACUCCGCCGAAGAAUUCAUCACCGACCAGAAAGUCGUCGUCAUCAAACCGGACGCGCAACGCCAAACCCACAUCGACCCGACCCGACCCGCCAUAACCCAUGUCCCGGAUUCCCUCAUCCCCUCCCUCUUCGCCACCGUUUCGUCCUUCGAAGCCUCCUACCUCCACUUACAGACCGCCCACGUGCCCUAUCACGAGGACACCAUCAGAACCACCGAUAAAACCCUAGUCUCCCACCUCCAAAAACUCUCCGAAAUCAAACGGUGGUACACGAAUUACCUAUCUACCCCCAAUCCCAAUCCAGAUUUCCCGAUCGGGUCCUGCUCCGAAGCACAAGUACAAGAGAAUCAGAGCAAGCUCCGAUGCUUAGAAACCGUGUUCAAUCGGUUACAGACCGAAAUCGACGAGAAGGGCGACAGAGUGUUUUCUCUAAGGCAAGAGUUGGAUAAAAUUCGUAAGGGUAAUGGUAAGUUGUCAAAGAAAUUAUCCAGCUAUUCGGGUCCGAGCUCGAUAGAGGUCGCGCUGACCGUUAGGGUUUUCGACUCGAUGCUGCGCGAGGCGUCCAGAUCGAUGCAUGGAUUCUCGAAGUUGUUGAUCGGUUUGAUGAAGGAAGCGAAGUGGGAUUUGGAUCUGGCGGCGAGUUCAGUUCACUCGGGUGUCGAUUAUGCGAAGAGAGGGCACAACCGGUACGCGUUUCUUUCGUAUGUUAGUUUGUGUAUGUUUCGAGGUUUUGAUUCGGAAGGGUUUGGGUUGUUGGAUGUUAAUGGAAUUGUGUGCAAUGGUAUGGGCUCAAAUCCAGGGGAAAGGACUCCAUUGGGGAAAUUAAAAGAACAUGUAUCGUGUAAUCCUAUGGAGGUUCUAAGUAAGAAUCCAAACUGUGGGUUCUCGAGAUUUUGCGAGCUGAAGUAUCAAGAACUAAUACACCCAACGAUGGAAUCAUCGAUUUUCGUGAAUUCGGAUCGAAAUGAAGCGGUUUUGAAUUCGUGGAAGUCGUUGAGUGUAUUUUACGAGUCAUUCAUUAAGAUGGCUAGUUCGAUUUGGUUGCUUCAUAAGUUGGCCUAUUCGUUCGAUCCUGUUGUUGAGAUUUUUCAGGUGGAGAGAGGGGUUGAUUUUUCGAUGGUGUACAUGGAAGAUGUGACCAGGAAAGGUUCUUUUUCAGGCAAGAGUAGACCAAAGGUGGGAUUCACGGUUAUACCGGGUUUUAAGGUUGGGAGAACAGUACUCCAGUCUCAGGUUUAUCUGAUAGGUUUGAAUGUGCAUAGUAUAAAUGGAAGGCUAGAUUGAGGCUGGUCAUGUUGAGGUUUCAGAAACGGUCCCUGUUUCUUUGUUUUGUACAUGACUAGGAUUUCCGUGGAGCUCGGUUUUCGCCAUUACGAUCUUGACAAAAGAAUACAAGAAAUUGAAAAUUACAGUUAAGUGUCACAAUUGAAAGAUGCUAGAGUUCGUAUGGUAAGGAUGAAUUUGGGAAGUACACAAGCUAAAGUGCUAGCUCAUUGCACUGUGGGAAGGAAGUCCGCUGCUAAUGGUGAAGUUUGCUUCUGAUCCUGAUGGUUUUGGAAUAUUCUUGCAUGUUUUCCCAUCUGUAGGUUGUGUGCUUGUGGAGAUUGACUGUAAAGGUUUUGAUUUCUGUAGUGAGUUGAGGGGUGGGGUUGGUUUGACACAAAUACGUUAGCAAAUUGUAUGUAGUCUAGGCUCAUGAAAAGUUGUAAUUGUUUUCAAAUGCCUAAUUAAAUUAUUUGGUCCUCUUUGUAAUUUC